AUGGAAGAAACAUUUGUCUUGAUAGUGGGAGCGGGUCCCGCAGGACUUGGCAUUGCUGCAUGCUUAACCAAAAAAUUUAUUCCCUAUAUUGUUCUUGAAAAGGAAGAUUGUUGUGCUUCUCUGUGGAAGAAACGUGCAUAUGAUCGAUGUCAUCUUCAUCUAGCAAAAGAAUUUUGCUCAUUACCUCAUAAGCCGCAUGCACCACAAGCCAAGAAGUAUAUGAGUAAGAAUGAUUUCAUAGAGUACAUUGAUGAUUAUGUUUUAGACUUUGAUAUUAGGCCGCGAUACUUUCACUCAGUUGAAUCUGCAUCAUUUGAUGAAGCCAAGGAAAAAUGGCUAGUUGAAGCAAAGGACAUUUUUGCGAACGCAUCUAAAUUUUUUGUCGCGAGUUUUUUGGUAGUCGCGACAGGUGAAAAUGGCAAGGGUUACAUCCCCAAUAUCCCCGGUUCAAACGAUUUCAAGGGAGAUAUAAUACACUCUAGUGAAUAUAAGUCUGGGCGUGAGUUUCAAGACAAAAAUGUUUUGGUCGUUGGUUGUGGUAAUUCUGGGAUGGAAAUUAGUUAUGAUUUAUGUAAUUCGGGAGCCAACACUUCAAUUAUUAUCAGAAAUCCGGUUCAUGUGGUUGCAAGAGAAAUGAUAUUUGCAGGGAUGCACUUGCUAAAGUACUUUAGUUUACCAAUUGUGGACGCUCUAGUCACUCUUGCUAGCACAUUAAAAUACGGGAAUUUGUCAAAGUAUGGAAUUUAUCGACCAAAUGAAGGCCCUUUUUUACUUAAGGCAACCAAGGGAAGAAGCCCUGUAAUUGAUGUGGGAACAAUAGCCAAAAUUCAAUCUGGAGAAAUUAAGGUUUUAACAGGAAUUGAGAGAAUUAACAAGAGCAAAGUCAUAUUCGAAGACAAAGUUGAACUAAGCUUUGAUGCAAUAAUAUUUGCAACUGGAUUCAAAAGCAUGGCUUGUGAAUGGCUAAAGGAUUAUGAUUUUAUACUAAAAAACGAUGGCUUUCCAAAGAAUCAUUUCCCAAAUCACUGGAAAGGAGAGAAUAAAUUAUAUUGUGCUGGAUUAUCAAGAAUGGGACUACAAGGUGUUUCAAAGGAUGCCAUAGUCAUUGCCAACGAUAUUGAGAUGGUUUUAAGAACUAUGCUUCGAAACUGAAGAAAUUAAAGUUAUUACAUAAAAACUUAGUGGCUAGUGCUGAAUUUUCUAUUUUUUUUUAUUGCUACUUUGUUCUACCUAGUUUACUUUUUGUAUAGUCUCGUUAAUGCUUUUAUGUACAUAAGUGAAAAUCUAAAAUAAAUAUACAUCUUGCUGUCAAAUUCUUCAAAAAUUCUCAAAUAAUGCAUCUUUUAUAUCAAAUAUUCAUUGUCUAACUUGUGCUUUUAGCAUUGUAUUUAAUUUAUUCUUAAAAGGAUGAAGGAGCUUAAUUUACACUAACGUAUGAGCCACUUUCUUAGUAAUAUUUUAAAGGCACAUGGAUAUGUAGGGUUAUGUUUAGUUCAAAGUUGAUCAUAUGUGGACACGACCUGACCAUUUUGGGUAAGUUUGGGCACAAACUUUUAGGCCCGAAGUUUGGCCCGACCCGACCAGGGAGUUGGGCAAAAAUUUUAGGCCAUAGCCCGACCUGUCAAUGAUCAUCUCUAGAUUAGUUUAACUUAUUCAAGUUCAUGUUUGAUUAUUAAAUAAUUAAUUAUUUGAUCAAAAUAUAUUAGACUACAUCAGGAUAAGUUGUACUAUCUUAAUAUUUGUGCUUAUCCAUUGUUAAUAAAAUUACAAAAAAAAAAAAAAAUUAUAUUUAAAAAGUGCAUAUUAAUGUGAAUCUAAUGGUUAAACAUUAGAUCAUAUCAGGGUAAGUAAAAUGAAGCAUGGAUACAAUAUAGUCUAUUUUAUAUAAUAAUAAAUAUGCCAUUGUGCCAACAUUUCACCACAAACCUCCAA